AAGAAAAACAACCUAUAAAAAAGUGGUUAUUAAAAAUAUGAUAAAUUUAAUUUAUAUAAUAUUUUAAAUGAAACUAAAACUAGAAUAUAUUUAUGUCGCAGCUAUUGUAAUCAGCAUUUUACAACUGAUAGUAUUUUUCACGAAUCUGGAAUACGAUGUUGAAGGAUGGGGUAAAAACUCACUUAGAAACCUCAGUAACUACGUGUCCGAAGUAAACUUUCAAAUAAUCCCCUAUGACUUUUGUCAAAAACCUGGGAUGCUCCUAAUAUUCGUGUGUUCUGCCCCUCAAAACGCAGAAGCUCGUCAAGCUGUAAGAGAAACAUGGGGCAGCAACAAAGUAGUUUUAAACGAAAAUGUAGAACUGUUAUUUUUCCUUGGAAACUCCUUAAAUGCAUCCGUCCAAGAGGCUGUUUUAAUUGAAAGCGAAAAAUUCAACGACAUUAUUCAAGCCGAUUUCAGCGACUCCUAUUAUAAUCUGACCAUUAAAUCUACCUUAAUGCUGCAGCUAGUCUCCAAUAAGUGCCUAGAUAAAUAUAAGUUUUUCUUCAAAAUAGACGAUGACAUGUUUGUGAACUUGCCUAAGCUGGUAAAAGUGCUUAAAGAACAAAACAGUUCCGAAAAUGUACUGCUGGGGAAAAUGAUGUGCGGUACCAAACCUAUUAAGGAUCCCACAAGUAAAUGGUAUUGCCCGACGUAUAUGUAUAAUGGUACAUAUUUUCCUAAUUUCUUAUCAGGCACCGGGUACGUUAUGUCGAUGGAUGUUACAAGGAAACUGUAUAAUUCUGCUAUGACCAUUCCUUUUAUACAUUUAGAAGAUGUGUAUUUUACAGGUUUAUGUGCACAACGUUCAGGAAUAACUCCAAACACACUAUUUGAAUUUUCUACAGGAUAUGUAGAUGAUAAUUCAUGUGAUAUAAACCACUUAAUUACAAUGCAUUAUGUUACACCUGAGAAGAUGAGAAAUGUAUAUCAAAGAAUACAACAGCCGGAAUUUUUGGGAAAAUGUUCCCAGUACAAGUCGGUUUUUGAACCAAUAGCUUGGAUACGAUCAACAUUGUUUAUUCCUCCUGCUAGGUGGAAGAGAAAAAGGAUUUGUUGAAUUUUAUUCGUUUUCAUUUUGGGUAGUAUUUGAUUUUAUGUGAUAUUACUAUUUAUGUAUUAUAAGAAAGUUUCUAGGAUAAACAAGUGUUCUGUGCAUAGAUUUUGAAAUCGCACGUGUGGUAAAUUGUAGGUUUGUUUUUUUUAUUUCCAGUAUUUAAACUUUAGAAAGUAUGCGAAAGUGCCAUAAUAAACUGUUGAAUUAAGAAAAUAAAAGUAUUUCAGAAAUUUAAGA